GCCCAGAAGUAUAACAAACGGAGAAGCCUUACAGAGGGGUGGGAAAACCCUAGCGCAUUCAUAGAUGCUGAUGCUGACCCUCGCCACGAAACCCUUCAUCUCGAUCGCUCCUCGGCACACUCUGCAUAUGGGUUUUUCUAUAUCAGCUUCGUCCACGCCACUGCUCUUUCCAUGAAGAAACAAUCUGAAAAUCGCGGAGCAAAUAACAUAUCUUUAUGUCUUCUUUGUGCCCACCAGACUCAGCCCUGUGAUGGCGUGGCGUUGCAGAUGACCCUCCUCCUCUUCAUUACUCGUCCCUCGAGGGUUCGGGCCUCCAAGAUCGCCAUAGCCCAGUUCCACGAGCACGCCGUCGGAAUCUCUCGCAAUCGACCCGAGGUAAUUCAAAACCCAGAGAAUUGGAUUGUUAAGGUUAUAUGCACGCUAUGCGUCCGUACACACUCGCUUGAUGCUUGUUUGGAUUAUUUCAGUAAGACAUUGACCCCGUCUAUUGCUUUUGAGGUUGUUCGAGGUCUGAACAAUCCAGAAUUAGCCUUGAAGUUUUUCCAGCUCAGUAGGGUGAAUUUGAAUCUCUGUCAUUCUUUCAGGACUUAUAGUUUUCUAUUGAGGUCUCUUUCUGAAAUGGGUUUCCAUGAAUCUGCGAAAGCUGUUUAUGAUUGUAUGAACAUUGAUGGGCAUUCACCUGAUGCUUCGGUUUUAGGGUUUUUGGUGUCCUCGGCAACUGAUGCGGGCAAGUUCAACAUUGCCAGGACAUGGGUUGAUGGAGUUGAGUUCAGUUUGGUUGUGUAUAAUAAGUUAUUGAAUCAGUUAGUUAGAGGGAAUCAAGUGGAUGAGGCUGUUUGCUUCUUUAGAGAGCAAAUGGGUUUACAUGGUCCUUUCGAUUCUUGCAGUUUUAAUAUUUUAAUUCGAGGUUUGUGUAGAAUUGGGAAGGUUGAUAAGGCUUUUGAGUUAUUCAAUGAAAUGAGAGGUUUUGGUUGUUCUCCUGAUGUUAUUACCUAUAAUACUCUUAUAAAUGGAUUUUGUAGGGUUAAUGAGGUAGAUAGAGGGCAUGAUUUAUUGAAGGAAUUGUUAUCGAAGAAUGAUUUGUCACCCGAUGUUGUAACCUAUACAUCAAUUAUAUCAGGUUAUUGCAAGUUGGGUAAGAUGGAGAAAGCUUCUAUUCUUUUUAAUAACAUGAUUAGCUCUGGUAUCAAGCCCAAUGCAUUUACUUUUAACAUUCUUAUCAAUGGUUUCGGCAAGGUUGGAGACAUGGUUUCAGCUGAGAAUAUGUAUGAGGAGAUGCUUCUUCUUGGUUGCCCUCCGGAUAUUAUCACUUUCACUUCCCUGAUUGAUGGUCAUUGUCGAACAGGGAAAGUGGAGCGGAGUUUGAAGCUCUGGCAUGAACUGAAUGCCAGAAAUUUGUCUCCAAAUGAGUAUACUUUUGCUAUUCUUACCAAUGCCCUGUGCAAGGAGAACAGAUUGCAUGAGGCUCGUGGCUUCUUGAGGGACUUGAAGUGGAGGCAUAUUGUUGCUCAACCAUUUAUGUACAACCCUGUGAUUGAUGGGUUUUGCAAGGCUGGGAAUGUAGAUGAGGCGAAUGUGAUUCUGGCAGAGAUGGAGGAGAAGAGAUGUAAACCUGAUAAAAUAACAUAUACUAUUCUAAUUAUUGGGCAUUGUAUGAAAGGGAGAUUGUCAGAAGCAAUCAGCAUUUUUAAUCGGAUGUUGGGGACUGGUUGUGCUCCGGAUUCCAUUACAAUGACGUCUUUAAUAUCUUGUCUUUUGAAGGCUGGAAUGCCUAAUGAAGCCUAUAGGAUUAUGCAAAUAGCAUCAGAGGAUUUCAACUUGGGUUUGAAGUCUUUGAAAAGGAAUGUUCCAUUAAGGACAAACACAGAUAUUCCAGUGGCUGUUUAACAAAUGAGCUGCUAAGGAAGGACAUGUAGUGUCAUGGACCUGGUGCAAGAGGUCCUUCUCCGUCAUGUGCAAAUAUGAAAUAAAACAUAUUCAGCCAUGGUGGAAAUCAGUUAGUAACCGUUUAUGUCCACUGUUGAUGGACUGACAAAUCACUUUCCCGGUCUUGCCAGUAUGCCACUUGCCACUUGCAAUGAGGGUCAAUCUCUCUACAAUAUACUGCUGAAAAAAUUAUGACUGAAGGUACUGAUCAGGCUUAGAUGGGUGCAUGUUGGAGCAUCAAAGAACAUGACCAUAUCUGUAGAUGACAUCCCACUUUUAACUCCCUUACCUAUAAGGUUGAAUUAGAAUCGUACUGUUUCCUUUUCAAUUCUGCAUUUUAAUGGCUUUGUUCCCUUCAUUUGGAUUUGCAGGUUGGAGCUAAUGCAUUCCAGAUAUUGGAGCCCCCCUGAACGGUAUUCAGUCCUUGCCCACCAUCCCUGGUUUAGGGUAUGAUCCAAGAUUGAAGGCAUGUUUGUCUGAUCUGAUCUGAUCUUGUCAUGGGAACAUCAUAAAUGCUCGAGUUCACAGGUCUGGAGGCCAUGGAAAAAACUCAAGGGAAAGCUGUUUUCUGGUUUGAUUGUAGGAAAGAAACUCAGAUGAUGGCUAGAGGUCAUUAUGCAGACAGGGCGAUGUUCCAUGUAACUUGGAUUUUCAAAAUUGAAGUCACAUACAUGGAUCAAUAAAGCGAUACAGCUUCUUUGCUUCAUUCACCCCAUUCAACAUGUAAUUCAUGCUGAUACCUCUUUCCUAUAAAUGCUGAGAAUCAUUUGUAAUUUUGGAAAGAAGAGGGAAAAUAAAAAGAAAAAACAGGUUCCUUUUGUGGGCUA